GCAAACUCUUCAUGAACUUCAGCUGCUUCAGCAAGAACGGACGGACGUGUCGAGUCGACUUUGUGCAUGCUCAGCGUGGCGAAAACGAAUAUUCCAGGAAGCAGUUUUUCCUCAAAAACUUCAGCUACGUGCACCCACAAUCUAUUCAUCUCGGGACAGAUGACAACAGAACUGACAGACAUGGAUGACAUAGCCACUCUAGUUAAAGAAGCUCUACCAAUGUGUAGCACGCCAGCUACACUGCAACCCAUUAUCGAUGUCCUCCAAGACCUUGGGGUGGAAACUGUUGAUGAUAUGAAGCUUGUCCAGUUAAAUGACCUUGCAGGUGUGCUCAGACCCAUUCAAGCAAGGAAGCUUAUUGCACAUGUUAAAAACAUCUUCUCAGCUAGGAGUGAUUCAGCUUCAAGCUGCUCAAACAUGGAGGAGGGUUUUACAAGCACACCCUGCCCAAGCCCAAUACCCUCUUCUUCUCAAAGUUCAUUUGGGAGCCCAGGCGCACCACAAACACCCCAAACAGAAACACUCAGGAUCACUUCAAGCCCCGGCAUACCCUCUACUUCUCAAAGCACCUUUAGAAGCCCUGUGCAAGUUGAUAACUACAAGAGAAGUGAGAUGCUGGGUAAGAAGAGGAUUGUCCCAGAUGACAUCAGCACUGUACCAGGAAGAAGAAGCAACGGAAAGACUCCUAUGGCUGUAUUACGUGGGAAUCUGGACCUGUGA